AUGACCCAGCCAACCGUCAAAGCGCACAUCCACCAACAAUUUGGCUUCUCCACCUGGUCUAGCAUUGCCUUCGCCAUCCUCUCCGCUACACAUUCUUGUCAUGAGAAUCUCUCCACCCCAGCGGCUUGCACAAAUGAUAGGUUGUGUCUUGUGCAUUACGUAAACAAGCCACUGCAGAUCUCUGACUGA